CCGUCGAUAUAAGCGCUGUUUUUCCCCCGUCUGAUACACGAAGAGGAAACUCCUGAAAGCAGAGAAACACAAAAGAAAUACAAACAUGACGGACUUCUCUACAAUUUACAAACUAUCUCUGGUUGCUGUUGCCUGCUUCCUCCAAGCUUGCAGCAGCAGCUGUCCCGUGAUGGACUGCUGGUUUGUGCAGGAGAAAGCAGGUCGAGGAGGAGGUCUAACUGCACCCACGACUCAGGAGAAAUCCCUGCUUUACAUCAGGACAGAGGCUCACAGUGAGAGUCCCAAAACCCAGCAGGCUCCACCCGACAUCAGCCCUGACAGAGUCUACUUCGUCACCGACCCAGAUGCCACUCUCUGCCAUCGUUCUCUCAACCCUCCCAAAGGCUCCAUCAAGAAGCCCCAGUGUGAAAUCAACCCCUUCCAGCCGCAGAUCUCCAGCCUCAAAUGGGCUGCUCCACUCACAGAGUCCGCCCUCAGCCCCAUAUACCUGCAAGCUGACUGGAUUUCAACAGCCAUUCAGGGGCUCAACAAACAGCUAGGUGUUUCCAGCAUCAUGCGUGCACCCACGGGAUCCAAAGAGCAUGACGUCGUCCUGAGUGUGACCACUAAAACAGUCUCAGUGCAGUCCAGACUUGGGGAACCAGUUCUGCUGGACUGCGGCUUCUGGACAGACCCCACCUCACCUUUGUAUGGGUCUGGUUUCGCUGUCGAGUGGCGCUAUCAGUUCAGAGGCGAUGGACGGCUGGUUCUGGCUUACGAUGGCAAGGCAGAUCGCUUGGCUGAUACACAAGAGGGAGGCGCAACGCUGGACUUUGACAGUUUGCAUGAGAAGGGAAACGCAUCCCUGAUCCUGCAGGAGGCUCAAGUGCGUCACUCUGGGACGUAUAUCUGCACGGUGUAUCUUCCAUACCUUUUGGCUCAGGUGGCGGUGGAGCUUGAGAUUGUAGAACCUCCAUCCCUCUCCAUCCACCCCUCCCCUCUGCCCCUUUCUGUUCCCGGCCAGAUUUUGACCGUCCAGUGUGACGCGUCCGGCUUCGCCCCUCUCACCCUGGAGCUGAGCUGGGAGUUCAAAGACACUGAUGGCAAGUCCAGACCUCUGGGAUCAGGCAGCGUAACGGGCCACAGGCAGGCCUGGGACGGCACCUUUAGCCAGAGCAGCCGACUGGAGCUUGACACGUCCAAGCUGGACCUGAGCAGAGGGGGAGAAGUCACCUGUGUGGCCGUCCAUCCUGGAGGCACACGACGAGCCAGCGUGACCCUCAAUGUCAUUGGGUUCAGCACUCCGUCCAUUGAGGACUCGAUGGCAAUGGUUGGUGUGGCGCUGGUGCUGUACGGUCUUAUUAAGUUUGUCUCUUGGACCUUCACCAGCUCAGGUUCAGAUGAGGCUAAUAAAAAUGACAAGAAAGAGAAGUAAAGAAGAAAGAAGUCAGCUGAUGUGAAGCCACAGUACUGAACUGCCUUGCCUUUCGGUUUUGAUAUCUUGGAUAGGGUUUUCACAGUCAAUGUCCACUUGUUAUUUUAGACAGAUGUGUUGUUUUUUUACUGCUUGCAUGGAGAUUAAUCUGUGCAUACUUUUACUAUUGCAUUGUUUUUCACUGAUUCAUUGGGAAGCUUUAUUGUGCUCAUGCUCAUUCUGUUCUUGCUCAAAUAGUCAUGAUAUUUCUUUGAUCCUUUCCUCUUUAAAGGGAUAUAGCUGUAAUAUCAUAUUGACCAUCCACUGCAAACAUUAUUUUAUUUAAAGGGAAACUUUGGUAUUUUUUAACCUGGACCCUAUUUUUCCAUCAUUUUGUGUCCAAGUGACUUUUGGGGAUAACAAUUUUGAACAGGUUCAGUAAUAAGCUGCAAAACAAGCUGCAACUUAAUCCAAUGAGACAAUAAGUGCUCAACAGUGUACGUCCACUGAGAGUGCUUAUUUUGUGCCACUGACAGGCUCAGACUUUUGUGUGAACAUUAUUAUCAGAUUAUAUGUACCAACGCUAUGAAAACAAAACGUUUUUCCUUUUGAUUUGAUCCAGUCUGUUUCUUGUUGUUGUGUCUAACCAAGUUGAAACUCUAUAUUCAGUUGUGACAUAGUUGGAGAGAGGAGUGCUGGGAAGAGUUUGUUGUGUCGGAGUAGAGAAAGAGUUAACUUAGUGUUAUCUAAAAGAUUUUCAAAGUUAUGGCUGAAUAUUUGACUGAUUACAACAACGACCCAACUCUUGAAGGUUGUUAGAGCAAGACUUGUCUUUGAGUGAGACUCUGUGACAUAGCAACAAACAGACCAGAUCAAGUGAAAUAUAAGGGAAAAAAGUUUAGUUUCAGACUCUUAAAUGAUAACGAUAUGAGCGUGUCGGUAGCAUAAACAGGCACUUUGGGUGGACAUACACUCACUGACCUCUUUAUUCGGUGCACCUGUGAAAUAUAAUUAAAUCCAAUACAACAGUGU